CUCAUCUCGCUUCGUAGCGGCGCAAGCGAUCUUUGUUGAUGACGUAACCGGAAAUGCGCGGCAAAGGAGCCCGGGAGAAUCUCACAAGCGUUUGAGUGCGGCCACUUUUAUCGCUUUUGCCUUGGACUCCGGCGCGCUCCAGAGUCCGCUCCGACCACCAGCGACUCCCGCGGGCCGUGAGCUGGACGGCCCCGGCGAACGUCGACUUCUGCACCGUGUCCUCAUCAGAUAGAAGCAAUGGAGUUAGACCCCCUCCAGGGCAGCGCUGCCGCCGCCGCCGCUCCCUCCAUCAUGUCCGACUCUGGCAGCAGCACGGAAGUGGACGAGGAAGACGACGCGGGUGGCGAGGGGGAGGCCCGAGUGGCGGUCCCGCUCACACUUCCAGCCACCUGGGCCUUCAGUCAGAGGAGGGCGGGCCAAGGGAGCGCCGCGACACAGUCCUCGCCCGUGCGGAGGCGGCUUCGGCACGCCAUCCGGGUGCACUACUCCAGCCAGACGGCCACGCCCCCUAGAGGCUUCCCCAACUUUGUGCUGCGAGCACCCGCCGCCCGGCCGUCCAGCAGCACCGAGGCGAGCGAGUCUGACGAAGAAGAGCCCGGCGGGGUGGCCCCGGCCCCUCCAGCUCACCCGCGUCUCGACGGCCCUGGUGAGAAUGCGCCCCCCGAUACCGCCGCAGACGGCCCGAGAGAAGGAGGAGACGACGGAGCUCCCGCAGCACAGCCGCCCCCCGCCGUUCCAACGUUCCAAAGCGAGGAGGGCGACGGCAACACGUGCAGCAUCUGCUUUGAGGCCUGGACGGCGGUGGGCGACCACCGCGUGUCCGCUCUGCGCUGCGGACAUCUCUUCGGCUUCACCUGCAUUCAGAAGUGGUUGGCCUCGCAGCGCGCCGCCGCCAAAUGUCCGCAGUGCAACAAGAAGGCCAAGCGCUCGGAUAUCGUGAUGCUCUACACGCCCAAGUUGAAAGCCGUGGACAACAGCCACCACGAGAGCCUCAAGAGGGCUCUUGAACAGGAGCAGUCUCUACGGAGGAAGGCCGAGUUAGAAUCGGCCCAGUGCAAACUCAAGCUUCAGAUGAUCACCACCAAGUACGGUCAAGCUCAACAGGAGCUGCAGAAGAUCCGAAGUCAGACGGCUCAAGGCGGUGGCGCCGCCACCUCUGCCGCCGUCCCCGCCUCGUCCUCGUCCAGCUCCCACCUGACGGCGCCGUACAAUUACUCCGAGGCCGUGCUGGUGUCCGCCAACGGAGGCUGUCGAGUUCUGGCCCACUGCGAAUCGCUCAACUGCCUGCUGGUCUCGCAGCCCUCGGCGCGCGCCGUGCUCCUACCCGGCUGGGGCGUGAAGAAGGUGAGCCUGUACAACUCCAGGCACAGCCAGUACGUUCCCAUCCACAGCGCGCACAUCCGAGCCUUGAGCUUCAACCGGCAGAACGACGGGCUGCUGCUGUCCGCCUCACUGGACAGCACCCUCAAGAUCACCAGCAUGCCGAGCAACGCGGUGGUGCAGACGUACAACGCGGGCAAGCCGGUGUGGAGCUGCUGCUGGUGCUUGGACAAGCCCAACUACGUCUACGCGGGCCUCAACAACGGCUCGGUACUGCUCUACGACAUCAGAGACACCAGCACCCACGUGCAGGAGCUCCAGCCGCUGCGCUCUCGGGCCCCGGUGGUGUCGCUGUGCUACGUCCCCCGCGCGGCGGCGUCCAGCGCGUUCCCGUGCGGCGGGCUAAUCGCCGGCACGCUGGAGGGCGGCGUCUUCUGGGAGCAGCUGGACGAGAACACGUACAAGCCGCACAGUCUGCCGCUGGAGGCGGGAGGUUGCACCGGCAUCCAGGUGGAGACGGAGAGCCGACAUUGCCUGGUCACGUACCGAGCCGGCCGCCUCCACCCGACGGUGCGCUGCGUCCUGAUGGCGCUGACCCGGACGCCGCAGCGGGACGCUGGCGAGCCGCCCGGCUGCUCCUGCUCACCCGUGCAGACCUUCAGCGUAGGCCCGUCCUGCAAACUGCUCACCAAGAACGCCGUCUUUGCCAGCCCGCACGGAAGCGGAGCGCUGGUGUGCGCUGGAAACGAGGCCACGCAUUCCACCAUGGUGUGGGAGGCGUCCAGCGGCGCUCUUCUCCAGAACCUUCCGUCCGACCUGCCCGUGCUGGACAUCUCGCCGUUUGCCGUCAACGGCGAGCACUUCCUGGGCACGCUGACGGAGAAGAUACUCAAGCUCUACAAGUGGAAGUGAAAAGACCGGAUGGACGCUCAAUGGUGGCGCCGGGUAGAAUUUGUUCAUCAUGCUGUGUUCAAAGGCCCCUUUAGGCACGUUGGGAACGUUCUGUUGCAAGGGAGGAAGGUUUCGGCGUCUUUGAGCGCAAGCCUCGGAUGUUAGAGCGGCCUUGAACUCGGCACCGGCGGUUCGUGCAAGAGGCCGCGCUUGCGUCCACCAAGAUUCCCAAUCGAGCCAAUUUCGGCUCACGAGCCGAAAAUGCUCCCUUUGUGAACGAUGCACACUAUGAUGACCGCUGUUUGUUUUCUACUCGUUAUUUCAUUUCUGUUUCUCAAGUGAAUAAAACCCAUCUUUUUUAGUCUGAA